CACUUUGACUGUCAGAUGACAAACAAUUAAAAGCGAAAAAGAGGAAAUUCUUAAAACCUGUUUCCUCUGCCUCUGACUAACGCUGAGAAGCAAUGCGAAACCAGAUUUUAUUUCUGUACUUCACGGGGGAAGCGUCGUGGGGGUUGUGAAAGUUCCCCGCUUCCUCCCUGAUGAUGAAAUUUACAAAAAAAAAAAAACAAAAAAAACCAGUAUAUCUGCAUAAUCCCAUAAGGCGGGCUCGGGGCAGUGGCUGGCGCGGCGCUGAGGAGGCUCCGGGCCCGCUCCCGCCCCGCCCCGGCGCGGCCCGAACCGGCCGGCACUCGGCGCCCGCCAUGGCGGGGCUGGGGCUGGGGCUGGCGCCGGGGCAGGGCGGCGCGGCGGAGCCACGGCCGCUGCUGGUGAAAAUCGUGAUGGCCGGAGAGUCCUGCGUGGGGAAGACCUCCAUCGUGCGCAGGUACACGGAGCCCGGCUCGCCUCCCGCCGGCUCUCCCGCCACUUCGUACAUGGCCACGAUCGGCAUUGAUUUUAAAGUAAAGCCGGUAAUGUUUAAUGAUACAAGAGUGAAACUUCAAAUAUGGGAUACUGCUGGCCAGGAACGAUUCCAUACACUUAGUACCAGCUACUUCCGUGGUGCACAAGGCUUUGUUCUCGUAUAUGACAUCACAAAUCUGAAGAGUUUCCAAAGUAUAACAGUCUGGAUGAACGACAUAUACGAGAAAGCAGGUGAUGAAGUGGACGUAAUACUGUUGGGCAACAAGUGUGAUAAGGAGUCAGAACGGGUAGUUCCAAAACAGAAAGGAGAAAAGCUUGCUUGGGAGUAUGGAAUGCCAUUUUUUGAGACCAGUGCUAAAGAAAAUGUGAACAUUGAGCAUGCAUUUUCAGUCUUGACUAAGGAAAUCCUGGAAAAGAAAUCCUGUGAAUUACAUGACUUAGACAUUGUGUCUCUAAAUGAAACUAAGAAGAGAACCUGCUGUGCAUUCUGAAAUACUGUUUCUUAUUCAGUUUUCUCUUCAAGAAAUAUGAAGUGUUACAAAGAAACAUACAAGAUUUUAAAAAUGAGCCUGUAAUCCAAAAACACAGAGUUUAGGCAUCCUUUGUAUUACACAGACUUUGUCACCAAAUUUUUAAUGUGUUUAUAUUGUAUUUUCAUAUUUUUAAUGUGAAGAUAAAACAGUUAUCUGAUUUUGGAAUUACUAGAUGCAUCACAGGGUGACAGUACUUGAAUGUAAAGUGACAGUGCUUGAAUGCAAAUGUUUGCAGAAAUGAAGUCUGAGUGUACUAAUUUUCUGUUAUUAAAAAAAACCCUUCACUUUUCUUUUGUAUGUGUUGUUUAUACCAGAUUUGUAAUACAAUGAACAUUGAC